AUGAAUGAACAUCAGAAGAGAACGAACCGAGCUGACAGGACUUUUGUAGAGAAGCCAGAAUGUGUGGUAGCCAUCGCAGGUAAAGAUGUAACAUUUGUGGUUAAGGUGGACUCCACUAACCUCACACGUAAACCCACCAUGAAGUGGUUGAAGGGGAAGUGGAUGGACCUCGGCAGCAAAGCUGGAAAACACAUCCAAUUAAAAGAGUCCUAUGACAGAAACAUUAAGAUCUACACGUACGAGAUGAAGAUCGUCAAGGUGGUUCCAGGAGACGCAGGUGGAUACAGGUGUGAAGUGUCUGCUAAAGACAAUGACAGCUGCACCUUUGAGAUCACUGUGGAGGCUGCUGAACAAGAGGGCCAAGCAGAUAUUUUGUCUGCCUUCAAAAGAGCGCGAGUCUGA